CAUGUCUUACCAAGUUUUUGUAACGAAAGAUAAAGGAAGAGGAUUAAAAUCGUUCAAGAAUUGUAAUCCUGGUGAUAAAAUACUUGAUGAAAAYCCCAUAGUUUUCGUUCUGAGCAAUGAAGUCAGAGGACAGCGCUGUGAUAACUGUUUUGAGCUAAAAGACCAUCUCCUUAGAUGCUCGUUUUGUCGUUUUGCGAGGUAUUGUGGACAGAGCUGUCAAAAACGAGCAUGGAAACUCCACAGAUUCGAGUGCAAGAGGCUCAAAAAAGUAUACCCUCGCGUUCCUACUGAUUUAGUUAGGCUUAUGUAUAGGAUUCUUAACAUGAGAACCGCAAAACAGGACAUGGAGUGGUAUGAAAAACUUGUGUCAAAUAUCGAGGGGAUAGAAGAUGAUAGAAAAGAGGAGUUUGUGGCAAUCUUUGCUGUACUUGGUGAUUAUGCUAGCCAAGAGUUCAUUGAGUCGUAUACAUCUCRAGAAAUUUUUGAAAUGUUUGGGAAAGUGUCUUCAAAUAGUUUUAGUAUUUGUGAGGGGGAAAUGCAGUCAAUAGGUGUUGGCAUAUACWMCACUGGUUCUGUGUUCAAUCACUCGUGUACCCCAAACUGUGUUGCAGUAUUUAAUGGCACACAGCUUGUGAUUCAUGCCAUCGAACAAGUCAAAACUGGAGAUGAACUAACGAUCAGUUACACUGAACUUCUCGAACCCAGAGAUGUGAGGCAACAAGAGCUGAAGAGUCAGUACUGCUUUGAUUGUCGCUGUCCAAGAUGCUUGGAUAUUGAAGACAGCAAAGACCUUUUAAUGUGUUCAUUUAGAUGUGUGAACCCUAACUGUGCAGGGCCAGUUCCAGAAGCCAAAGGAAAAUGUAACAGUUGUGGCAAAGAAAGAGACAUAUCAAGCUUCUCAAAAACAUGGGUAAAAAAAGCCAAAGAUGCUUUGAAUGAGAUCAAGUCAAUCCAAAAUGAUGGUGACCCUCAGAAAAUUCUAGAUAUCUGUAAAAAGACUUUAAAGAAACAGGAACCAUAUCUACAUCCUUAUCAUUAUAUUAUGAUUGCUUUGUCAGACAAAGCAUUAGAUGCUUGUCUUUCUUUGACAUUGUGGAAAGAAGCACUGGAAUAUGGAUUGAGGACUCUGGAGCCAUAUCAAAAACUUUUUCCUAAGUACCACCCAGGUGUAGGAGUUCAGUUUUUCAGAAUUGGUAAGCUGCAAGUUUUGCUAGACAAGCUUGAUGUUGGAGUUCAUUUCUUGCAAAGGGCACUGGCAACACUUGAAGUCACUCAUGGGCACAAUCAUCCAAUUGUCUAUCACCUCAGGGAAGUAGUGGCUGAGACAUCUGAGGAAUUGAGACAAAAAGGAACACACUGAUAAGAAUACAGUGAUUUUGGCCAUUUCACAUGACCAUUUCACAUGGACCAUUUGAUCCAGAACUGGAAAUGAUGUGGAAAUUUUUCCAUGGGCGAAAUGACUGUAUGUCACUGAAAAACUACAACUAGUAUUUUUCACAGUAGUUUUUAUAGUCUGUGGAUUUUUAUUAUGCAAGUAAUACUUCCACACCUUUAUGCACUGAUUAAAAGUKAGUGGUGUAAAAUUCUGUCACUGGCUUCUCCCUCCCCAGGAAAGUA